AUGUUUUUAUUUGUUUUGAAGAGUUGGCCUUUGUAAAUUGAUCAUUCCUACUUUUACUUUAUCCACUGUAGUGGCCAGACAAGAUGGUGGCCCAAACACUCCAUGUGCUCUUUGAGCAUGCCUCUGGGUAUGGACUGUUCAGAGUGGCAGAGUUUGAAGAGGUGGGGAUGAUGAUUCCCCAAGUGGAACAAAGUGUCACAGACCUCAGUCGCUUCAAUUCCAUCGUUAAACUAGUAGCAUUCUCACCAUUCAAGAGUGGACACAACGCUUUGGACAACAUAAACAGUAUAUCUGAAGGCGUACUUCAUGAUGAUUUACACCUAUUCCUUGAGACAAACUUUCCAAAGCCUGGCAAGAAGGAGAAGUGCAUUCUGGGAGUUGGGGAUUCCAAGAUAGGAGCAGCUAUCCAAGAACAGCUAGGCAUCAGCUGCCAGCACACUGGGGUAGUGCCGGAAAUUAUUAGAGGCAUCAGAGUUCACUUUCACAACAUGGUGAAAGGACUGACAGCCACCUCCUCCCUGAAAGCCCAGCUUGGUCUGGGCCAUAGCUACUCCAGAGCUAAAGUGAAGUUCAAUGUGAACAGACAGGACAACAUGAUUAUACAGAGUAUUUGCUUGCUGGAUCAGCUGGACAAAGAUAUCAACACAUUUUCAAUGAGAAUAAGAGAAUGGUAUUCCUACCAUUUCCCAGAGCUGGUGAAGAUUGUGAAUGACAACUACAUGUUUGCCCGUGUGGCCAAGUACAUCAAGAACAGGAAGGAGUUCACAGAAGAUAUGGUCGAGGGCCUAGAGGAGAUUGUUAUGGAUGCUGCCAAGGCAAAGGCCAUAAUAGAUGCCAGCAAGUCCUCAAUGGGAAUGGACAUCUCCCCUAUUGACCUGAUCAACAUACAGAGAUUUGCGGACCGUGUCAUAGCGCUGGCUGACUACAGGAAGAGUUUGUUUGAAUACCUGCAAAGCAAGAUGCACGCAGUUGCCCCCAACCUGGCAGCUCUCAUUGGAGAGCAGGUUGGAGCUCGGCUCAUCUCGCACGCUGGCAGUCUUACCAGCCUGGCCAAGUACCCUGCCUCCACUGUACAGAUCCUGGGAGCCGAGAAAGCACUCUUCAGAGCCCUGAAAACAAGAGGCAACACACCUAAAUAUGGCUUGAUAUUCCAUUCAACAUUCAUUGGGCGAGCUGGGGCCAAGAACAAAGGCAGGAUCUCCAGAUACCUGGCCAACAAGUGCUCUAUUGCAUCCAGACUAGACUGCUUCUCUGAGGUUCCAACAUCAGUGUUUGGUGAUCACUUAAGAGAGCAGGUAGAAGACAGACUAAAAUUCUACGAAACUGGAGAUGCACCCAAGAAGAACAUUGAUGUCAUGAAAGUGGCAAUAGAAGAGGCAAAAGAGGCUUCGGCAAAGGCCCUGAAGAAAGAAAGGAAGAAGAAAAAGAAAGAAAAGAAGGAGAAGAAACGACUGUCUGAAGCAGGAAACACCACGACGGAACUAGAUGACAGCGCAGUUGCUGAGGAGCCUCAGUCUGAGAAAAAGAAGAAAAAGAAAAAGCAGACAGAGGAAACCGUUACUAAUGAUCAGUCGGUUGCCAUGGAAACUGAGGAAACUCCAAAAGAGAAGAAGAAAAAGAAAAAGAGAUCUAUUGCUGAAAUGGAAAGCCCUGGGGAGGCAGAUGUUUCAGCUGCUAUGGAAACUGAUGAAACUCCUAAGAAAAAGAAGAAGAAGAAAAAGAAGGAUGGCGACUAAAUUUAAAAGACAUGUCAUUACAGUACCUAUAGGGUGAGUUACCAGUGAAACUUUCAUUCUAUGUAGAUACAUUCACCUCCGGGGUACUCUUGCUCAAUGCAAUCAGAUGAAACAGAUAAACAUUCAGCCUCCUCCGAGAAUGUUGGAAACGAGUAGGCGUGUUAAUCUGGGUGCAUUCAGUGAGAUUCCACACCGAGUUAAAUCAAUCUACAUAGAGCAAUAGUUUUAUUGGGAAGGUGCCCAUUGUGGUGAAAAAGCAAAAUUUGCAGACUUAAAACAUUCACAGAACUUUCAACAAACUGCUGAAGGAAGACUAGGAAGACCUAGAAAGUGAACAUAACAUAUACAUAUAUAAUAACAUAUAUAUGCAGAUAUGAUUUGAGAUAGAACAGUCAGAGGAAUCUGAUAUAUGCUAAACAUCCCCGGGUUAUAAAUGAAAAAAAAAAUAAGGAUGGGAGCGAUUAUAUGUUUAAACAUUCAACAUUAUAUGUUGAAAGGCAGAAGUCUCAACAAGUGUUUUAUCAAGCAACAAUUUUUGUUCCAAAAGGCAAAGUGCUACACAGAUGCAUUUGUAUUGUAAACAACUCAAUUUUUAAGAGCACAUAUGGAAUAGUAUAGAAUUGUAAGAGAGCAGUGUCUUGGAAGAUUGAAUUAAAUAGUAUUUUAGACAG